AUGUACAACUUAAAUACAGUGACUAAUAGGUUCUUCUCUAGACAUCACCAUCUCCUCAGACGCAUCUACUCAGGCGCAUUCGAACCCUAUGUCCUUUUCGGUUAUGGGGCUUGCGGUCACCGGCUUAAAUUCAAGCAAAUUGGGAGGACCUUCGAAAUCAUUCAGAGGAGGCCCCUUCUCAAAAUUCUAAAAGCGUAUCGGACCACGAGUACACUUGUCCUCCAAGUUCUAGCAGGCAUUUUGCCUCUUCACCUAAGAGCCAAAGAACUCUUCGCAAAUUUUCUCAUGAAAGUACAAAAAGUACAAGUCAAAUUCAACGACACUAUCCUUGAUCCUGACCUUUAUGAACCAACUCUUAACCCAUUCGACCAGCAUCCUUGCGAGUGGUUUACCUUCCCUUUCCGGAAAACUCCACCUUCAGGAGACGGUAUAGAAAUAUUUACUGGUGGCUCUAAAAUUGGCGACCGGGUGGGAUCCGCCAUUGCAUGUUAUUACUUUGGAAAACUCAUAUAUGUCGAUUCCCAUCGACUUGACGACCAUGCAACUGUGUUCCAAGCUGAGGCCUAUGCCUUUUUCAUGGCCCUCGAAUACAUCGACAAAACAAACUCUUGGAGCAAAGCCUCUAUUUUCUCUGACUCACUCUCUCUUCUUACAGCCCUUGCUUCGCCCAAUCGCAAAAGCUGGAUGCUGAAGGAACUUGCUGAUAAAAUAAAAACAGUCAAUUCCCACCGACGACUCUCCUUCCAUUGGGUCAAAGCUCACAUCGAUGUGGUAGGCAAUGAAGAAGCCGAUAAACAAGCCAAACAUGGCACAGAGAAAAAUACAAUCGACUCACAUGUCCCCAGAUCGCAUAACACCAUGAAAGCUGACAUUCGCCAAAAUAUUUUAGCUGAAUGGCAAAAUGAAUGGGCGUCUAGCACCAAAGGUCCUCAGACCCACAAAUAUUUACCAAAUGUCUCCACCAAAAGGAAAUCUUAUCAUCCCUUCAUAAUUCAAUUCCUCUCGGGUCAUGGUAGAUUUCCGCACUACUUUAACAAAUUCGGCAUCACCAACAACUCACUCUGCGACUGUGGUGAAGUCGGUACUCCUGAUCACUACGUUUUUGAGUGUACCCACACUCAAUCUCUAAGAAUUAAACUAAAAAAUGCCGAAGAAAGAGAUCAACUGAUCCAUGAUCCUUCUAACUUACACAUAAUCCACCAAAUCAUCGCGUGGGUUAACGACUACAAUCCUAGGCUCUAA